AUGCCAUCGGGGCAGAAGGUGGAGGCGGAGGGCCAGGAUGGCCGCAACCUUUGCAUCGUGACAUUCGGGGUGAAAAUAUUCAGAGAGCCGGAGCCCGCAGCCCCCGUGGCUCGGCAGGGCGGCAUGGCGGUGGUGGUCGUCGGCGGCGGUGUGGCCGGCGCGGUCGCCGCGCUGACGGCCGCGGAGGAGGGCUCUCAGGUGCUGCUGCUCGAGCGCUCCGCGCGGUGCGGCGGCAGCGAGAGCGCGGAGGCCCAGAGCGGCAUCGCCACGCUGGGCGGCCUGCUCGGCGCGGAGGGCGGCGCGGCGGGCGCGUGGCUGGCGCGGGCGCUCGGCCUCGAGCUGCGGCCGCUGCCGCCCGAGCUCGCGGGCCACGCCGAGCCUGCGUGCGCGUGCGCGCCCGCGAGACCUGCGCCCGCGGAGGGCGCCGAGGGGGCCGCCGAGGCUGCCGGCGCCUGGGAGCCGGCCGGCCCCGCGGUGGCGGAGGCCCUGGCGCGGGCGGUGGAGGCCGCGGGCAGCGGCGUGCGGGUGCUCUGCGGCGCUCGCGCCGUGCGGCUGCUGGCCGGGCACGGCGGGGGUUGCCGCGGCUGCGUCUACGUGGUGGACGGUGAGGAGCGCGUGGCGCUGGGCGCCGUGGUGCUCUGCACGGGGGGCUUCGGGGCGGACUUUGCCCCGGGGUCGCGCCUCGCCCUGCACCGCCCCGACCUGCUGCACCUCCCUACGGGGUGCGGCCCCCACGCCGUCGGGUCGGCCCUCGCGCUGGCCCUGCCGCUCGGCGCGCUCGCAGCGGGCCUGGAGCAGGUCGAGGUGCACCCCCUCGGGCUCGUGAGGGCGGACUGCCCGGACGCGAAGGCGAUUCCGGCGGCGGCGGAGGCCCUGCUGUGCGCGGGCGGCGUGCUGCUGGACAAGGACGGGGACCGGUUCUGCGCCGAGGCCUCGAGCGAGCUAGACCACAUCGCCCGCCAGAUGUGGAAGAGCAGGGGCCCCUUCCGGCUGCUGCUCAACCGCGCCGCGGCCGUGGAGGUGGCGUGCCAUUGCCGGCGCUACGUCGGGCAGGGCCUUAUGCGGCAUUUUCCAUCGGGCGCCGCACUGGCGAGAGACAUGGGCGUGCCGCUGCGCAAGCUGGAGGCGACGCUGGAUGCCCACCACACGGAUGCCGCUGGCGCGGCAGGCGGCGGCGGUGCCCUGGAACGGUGGCUCCUCGCUCGGAGCACGCCGGGGGACGAGGUCAAGGCUGAGCCCUUCCUCGUGGCCGUGGUCACCCCGGUGAUCAGCGGCUGCCGCGGAGGCCUGGCUGUGGACGGGUCGUGCGCCGUUCAAGCGCACGGCGGCGGCGGCGCGGGCGAGGGCGUCGCGGGGCUGUUCGCGGCCGGCGAGGCGGCCGCCAGCACGGGCGCGGGCGGCCGCGGCGCGGGGUUCCCGCUGCUCGAGUGCGUUGUGCAGGGCCGGCAGGCGGGCCGCGCCGCGGCGGCGGCCGCCUCGCGACGCACCGAGGCCGGCGAAGGCCCAGACGCCUCUCAGCAGGCGCCCGGGCCAUCGGGGCAGCUUCGGCCGCAUGGCGACAGCGUGGACUCGUCCCCGACGCCAGGGCUUGUCGUGCGCCUCAAUGGCGCGCACCCGAGCGGCGCCGCGCCGGGCGUGGCGGACGUGCGCCUGCGCUCUCAGCUCGGGGAGUUGACGCGGCUGCUGGAGUCCAGGCUCACCCCGGCUGCGCUGCAGGCCUCGCUGGCGAAGGCCCACGGCGGCGGAGGCAUCGAGUUUGCGGUGGAGGAGCUCAAGGCGCUCCUUGGCCCCGGGGCCGCCGCAGCCGCGGGCGGGCCGUCCGUGACAGUCAGUUUCAGGGAUCGCGCGCACGGCCUGCCCACGACCGUGCGAUCGUCCCCGCUGCCAGACGAGGGCGCCUGCGCCGAGCUGCCGCUGACCUGCGUGCACUGCCGGCUGCCAGUCACGGCGGAGGUGCUGCGCGGGGGUGCCCUGGCGGACGCAGAGGCGGCGCCCGGGCAGCGCGGGGGCGCGCUGGCGGACGCGGAGGCGGACGGCUCUUGCGCCUACGCGACGUUGCUGUACGGCGACAAGACCGAGUAUCCAGCCGCCUGCGGCAGUGCCGGGGCCGCCUGGUCGGACCUCGAGGGCACGGGGGCGGACUUCCUCGGCGCGCUCGUCAUAGGGUGGUCGAUCAAGGCCACGGGCUCGACGAUCGACCGCCUGUUGCUCCACACAGACGACGUGCCAGGGCCCUUCCGGAGGGUGCUCGAACGGGUGUGGACUCUCCGCCACGUUCAGUAUUUGGAGGGCUCUUCGAGGCUCUACAAGAAUUACAACCAGUCCCGCUUCAAGGCAGUCUUCACAAAGCUGCAGGCGCUUAGCUGCACGGACUACUCCAAGGUCCUGAUGCUGGACUUGGACAUGCUUGUGAGGCAGAACAUUGACGAGCUCUUCAAGCUGCGAGCGCCAGCGGCGCUGAAGCGCUCGUCUGGCAAGGAGCAACCUGCGCAUGGCGGCCCAUUCUACGCCUCAGACUUGUGGCGCACUUCCGCGGACGACAUGUGUUCGGGUAUCAACGCGGGCGUGAUGCUCCUACAACCCGACGUAAGGAUAUACGAGAGGAUGGUCGCCGAGAUCAAGGACAGCCGCCAUCCAGAGCACAUAGGCACGUACGGGCCAGAGCAGGACUACCUCAGCCGCUUCUAUGCCACCUUCCUCAGAGGAGCCUGGACGCACAUCCACGCGCGCUUCAACUAUCAGCUGAUGCUGCCAGACGACUACGUCUCCUCCGCGCACCGCAAGGUCGACCUGCAGCGGGACGUGGCCAUCACGCACUACAGCGGGCCCCGCGUGAAGCCGUGGAAGAGCGCUACGGACCUGGACGAGGAGGGCGUGCGGCGGCUCCUGAGUGACGACUCCGUGCUGGCGGCCUUCGGGGGCGAGCCGGGCGCGCCGCCGAGUGGAAGCUCCGGCCUCGGGCCGUCGGCCGUGCCAGAGGGCGUGCGGGAGCUGAUGUGGGAGUGGGUGCUCGCCCUGCGCGGCUGCGCCGAGGGCCUCCGGGCCGAGGGCGUGGACUUGCUGGCGGUGGUGGCGGAGGCGCAGCGGCCGUCGCCGAAGGCGCCGCGGCCCGCGGCGCCGCCCGCCCGAGCGGAGCCCGCGGGCUGA